AUGAAAACCAAUAUCAAAGCCUUUAGAAGAGCGCAUUCAUCUGCUCAAAUUGUUAAUUCCAUCGACGAUCUCUUGAUCGAUAUAUUUCUCCGCCUCCCGAUUAAAUCACUCGUGCGUUUCAAACUAGUAUCCAAACGCUGGCAUUCCCUCGUAACCGACCCGCAGUUCUGCCUCAUGCGCAGUAACACUAAUCCCAAUCCGGCCGUUGGACUCUUCUUGCUUUCUCCCACCGACAGUAUUUCAUAUGAUUACGUUUCCUUAUCAAUCAACAAAUCGGGCAAUCCACCGUUUCGGAAGCUGGAUUUCGACGACGAGCCACGUGGCGUUAGGAUUCUGCAAUCGUGCAACGGGCUCUUGCUCUGCUGCAGUAACUCGGCCCGUGAUUGUAAUAAGAGAUAUUACGUCUAUAAUCCCACCACCAAGAAUUUCUCGACGCUUCCGAAAUUAAAUGGAGUCGGUGGGAUAUCGAAGAGAAUGUGUGGGAUGAAUUUGGCUUUCGAUCCCGCAAAGUCUCCUCAUUACAAAGUCGUUUGUGUCCGGCGAUUGCGAUCGGACUCUGGCGAGUACCGAUACCAAUUCGCGGUUUACUCGUCCGAGAAAGGCCCGUGGAGGAAAUGGGGCGACCCGUAUACGGCCGGAGUCGUUUUCGAGACAGGGGUGUAUUGGAACGGAGCCAUCCACUGGAUCAGCAACGGGACCACGGAUUCUUGCUAUUUCGAUCUCGAGCGCCAUGAAAGUCACCUAUUUCUGAAAUUCUGUAAAGUCUAUUCCCGGAAAAAAAAAAAAUCCAUGAAAGUCACACUGUAA